AUGUUCAACGACCACUCCAAAGCCAGCAUCGCGCAGAUCAUCUUCUAUAUUCCCGUCAUCUUCGUGUCAGCAUACCACGCAUACUACCGUCACAAGCGGCCGCGAAUGUCAUGGCUGAUCAUACUCUUUUUCUCGCUCAUCAGAGUCGCCGCCGGCAUUCUGGUGGUUCGGUUUGAACAGAAACCCCGAACUGGCAUCAUGGUCGCCUCGAUCAUCCUGCUCAAUACGGGCGUGUUCCCCUUGAUCGCCGCGACCCUGGGAUUCAUCCGCAUCAUCCUAGCACACGAGAAGGAGGUAGUCAACCCACGAAUCAACCGCUGUCUGAUGUUCUCGCGCAUGCUGUUCUUUGUCGGACUGGGGCUGCAGAUUGCCGGCGGGUGCCUCGAGGGGAGCGACAGUGCCAGCGAUGUCGCGACGGGGGUGAAGCUCGUCAAGGCUGGAUAUAGUAUUGUUGUGGUUUUCGAAGCCUGUCUGCUCCUCGUGCAGGCGUACUUCUGGAUGCAUCUUCCUGACCUCUCGCACAUGAGCUAUACUAUUCUCAAGGCGAUGGCUCUGGCCCUACCCUUCCUCGUUGUGCGCAUCACCUAUUUGUUUCUCUCGGUUUUCCAUGCGACCGAUCUCCGAUGGAACGAUCUCGCCGGUCCGAUCGCUCCGUUUGUUCUCAUGGGCCUGCUGAUGGAGUAUGCCGUGGUUUGGGUCUACCUUGGCACUGGGUUUGUGAUUCCCAGCUGGCGAGAAAUGAAGGGGGAUCGGGUCGUUUCCAUGACCAGAUACCCUUCGGUGGAACAGGUCUGAGGUGAAGACUGCCUCUGGGAGCGAGAGGCUCCGAUAGCCCAACCUCAUUUGGAGGACACAUCAUGAUGAUCUAUAGCCCUCAGUAAACAUAUACCAUGCCGGUAUAUGAGAUGUCAGACAACAAUUCGCAACUUGAUGUUGUAUUUCUCCCCUGUGCCGUACUGAGUUGUUCAGGGGGUUUUAUUUAUCCCUUGAUGGUGAUGUAAGAUCCAUAAAUCGAAUGAGGGGGAGCUGGUUGCCACUGUGGCGAGUGUUAUUAGGGUCUAGAACACUGAAACGUGUACGAGAUACAAAAUACCCAUGACGGUUCAGGACGGA